AUGUGGUCUUCAAUUAUUGUCUUAUUAUUGAUUAUUAAACAGUCAAAAAUCGAAGCACUUUCUUGUUAUCAAUGUUCAAUGAAAUAUUCCAAUGUGGAAUGUAAUUCAUAUAAUUCAACAUCUGCAACUGAAUGUCAACCAACGUUUGAUACAUGUGUGACUAUUGUAGUUAAACCUGAUAUUCUUAAUCAGUUAUUGAUCACAAAAUAUUGUACAAAACGUAAAGCAUGUGAACAUCAAUUAAAUUAUAUUCAUUCGUUAACGCCAUGUCGACCUAACGACGAAGGUCGUAGUUGGGGUUGUGUUACAUGUUGUGGAGAACGAGAUUUAUGUAAUUAUGAUGAUUCGAGUGUAUUAAAACCUAAUUUAACAGUAUUAUUGAUUUUGUUUAUAAUAUUCGUCUUUAAUCGUUAUUAG